GUAGGAUUCGUGGUUUCGCCUAGUGGAGAGUCACAAAGUUUGAAGGAAAGCUUUUAAGGAGCAGCAGACGCGUUAAUAAUCGGUGGCUAUGCAACACGGUCGCGGCAGAGUGUGAUAUAUCGCGCCUCUGUCUGCCUACGGUGGAGGAUGGACAAGCGGUCGAGCUCCGCACAGUCCAGCGCAGAUACUCCAGACAGUCCCACAGGGGCUCAUGUUGAAUGGUGCAAACAGCUGAUUGCAGCCACAAUGUCAAGUCAGAUCUCUGGAUCCAUCAGCUCAGACAUGAUCUCCAGAGAGUACAAGGACUGUGAUGUGGAGGUUAAAGGAUUUCUCUUGGACAGUGACCCUCAGCAGACUGCCCCCUCUUCGGCACUCAGAGAAGGAAAUAAGCAAGCUCAGAUGGAGGAGGCUCCUUGUGUACUUGGAGAAACGAUCAAGGCUAUUGUCAAAGAUGUGAUGUAUAUCUGUCCGUUUUCUGGGGUUGUGCGGGGGACUCUAACCAUCACUGACUACAAGCUCUACUUUAAGAGUCUUGCUCGGGAUCCUCCGUUUGUGUUGGAUGUGAAUCUCGGAGCAGUGAGCCGACUGGAGUCCAUCGCUGUUCAGAGUCACGGAGAAAACACUCAAGGACUAGAGAUAGUGUGCAAGGACUUGAGAAACCCCCGGUUUGCCUACAAAAAGGAAGGACAGAGCAAUUUGGAGGUGUUUGAAAUAAUGUCAAAGUAUGCUUUCCCUCUCUCCCACAACCUGCCUCUCUUUGCCUUUAAGUACAGAGAGAGGUUUCCAGAAGAUGGCUGGAAAAUCUACGACCCAGCUGCAGAGUACAAGAGACAGGGUCUGCCAAAUGAGAGUUGGAUCAUCAGUAAAGUCAACAGCAGUUAUGAAGUGUGUGAGACGUAUCCAGCCUUGCUCGUCCUGCCUUCAAACGUCACAGAGGACGAGCUGAAGAGAGUGGCGGCCUUCAGGGCCAAACGUCGUUUCCCUGUGCUGUCCUGGAUUCAUCCAGAGAGUCAGGCGGCUAUAGUUCGCUGUGGUCAGCCUCAGGUGGGUCCAUCAGACCGCCGUUGCCGGGAGGAUGAACGCUACCUGCAGACUAUACUCGAUGCCAACGCCCAGUCUCACAAGCUAUGUAUCUUUGAUGCUCGCCAAAGCACUGUGGCUGACACCAACAAAGCCAAAGAUGGAGGAUAUGAGAAUGAAAGUUUCUACAUCAACGUAGAGCUGAACUUUCUGGAGAUCCCCAACAUUCAUGUGAUGAGGGAAUCACUGAGGAAACUCAAGGAGGUGGUGUAUCCUGCCAUUGACCAACAACACUGGUUCUCCUCUGUGGAUUCUACGCACUGGCUGGAAUACAUCAGGCUCUUGCUAGCAGGUGCAGUGCGUAUCGCAGACCGAAUCGAGUCAGGUAAGACGUCAGUGGUGGUGCACUGUAGUGAUGGCUGGGACCGCACAGCUCAGCUUACGUCUCUGGCCAUGUUGAUGCUGGAUGCCCACUAUCGCUCACUCAGGGGCUUCCAGGUGCUGCUGGAGAAGGAGUGGCUGAGCUUCGGACACCGCUUUGCCUCGCGUGUGGGACAUGGAGAUGGGAAUCAUGCAAACUCUGAGCGCUCCCCUCUCUUUGUGCAGUUCAUAGACUGUGUCUGGCAAAUGACCCGACAGUUUCCCUCUGCGUUUGAAUUCAACGAGUUGUUUCUCAUCACUGUUCUUGAUCACUUGUACAGCUGCCUCUUUGGGACAUUUCUCUAUAACAGUGAGCAGGAGCGAGUGUUAAAGGAGGUGUACAGUAAGACCGUGUCUCUGUGGUCAUAUGUGAACAGUCAGGUGGAGGAAUUUACCAACCCGCUAUACGUGAACUACGAGCACCAUGUUUUGUAUCCAGUGGCCAGUCUGAGACAUCUAGAGCUCUGGGUCAGUUAUUACGUGCGCUGGAACCCUCGCAUGAGGCCGCAGGUUCCUGUUCAUCAGAGUCUGAAGGAGUUGUUGGUUUUGAAAUCAGAGCUGCAGAAGAGAGUGGAGGAGCUGAAACGAGAUGCAGCUUCGUCUCGUUCUCUUUCCUCUUCCUCAGAGCAUGAGGGUGUGCCCAUGCAGACCACUGUCUAAGCAUUGUCAAAUACUGGUCUUAUAGAUGACCAUACAUCCAGCAUUUGUUACUUUCUCUGUCAUCACAGACGAAAAAAGACAUAAGAGUGACAAGGAUGUGUGCAUGCACAAAUGCAACCUUAAUGUGGUCAUUGGUGCCCCCUGAAGGCCAUAGAACCACUGGCUAAAUCGCACAACACUACGGUUCAAAAUAAAAAAUGUUUUGUUAAAUUA